AUGAGCGUGGAACAGACAAACUCACCUUACGCGCACAGUCUGCAGCACGAGAGCGCGACCGAAUCGGGCGACGCGCACGAUGCGGCGCUCUUUGGUGACGCGGACGAGGACGCGACCCAACAAGGUCCGCAGGGCGACGAUAUCACGGGAACUGCAGACAAGGGCGCCGAGGAAAAUCCAGAGGCAGUCUUGAUGUCGCCCACAGCCGCAGAUGUGUUGUCGCAGUCGCGUGGCCUCGAGGCAGAGUCGCGCGAGACUGCCGCGCACGAGCCCCACCAGGAACUAGAAGAGUCGGCGGCGCCAGUGGAGCAAUCGGACAUGGGCGGGCCCGUCGAGGCCUCGGACCACGCGGAGGCUGGCAAACAGCAGGAGCCAAGCUUAGUGCCCGACGUCAGCGAGCAGCUUGGUCUUCCCGAGCAGCAGGAUAUCGAAAAGCAGCAGGGCUCCGACGUGCAACAAGAAACCGCCGCGCUACCAGCGAGCAGUGCACAGGCCGAAAGCAAUGAGGCGUCAGCCAGCGUCCGAGGCAAUGAAAGCAUAGAACAACUCGGGCACGGCGAAGAGCUUAAGUUGGGUAACGGAGCAGAAAAAUUUGGACUGUCUGGCGCGCCAGACAUUGCGCUACAAACAACGCACCAGACACAGGACCAGGUUCCGCAAACAGAGCAGUCUUUUCCAGCGGAGAAUCCUGUGCAAGCGGAGCCUUUGCAAGCGGAGCAGCGUGUACAAGUGGAGCAGCGUGUACAAUCGGAGCAGCCUGUGCAAUUGGAGCAGCCUGUUAAAAUGAAGCAGCCUGUUGAAAUGGACCAACCUGUUGAAAUGGACCAACCUGUUGAAAUGGAUCAUCCUGUGCAAAUGCAACAGCCUGUACAAGCAGAACAACCUGUCCCAGCAAAGCAACCUAUCCAAGCAGAACAGCUUGCCCAAGCAGCACAACCUGUCCAAACAGAGCAGCCAGUUAAACAGGAGAACGCAAUCAAAGAGGAGACAUCCCUGCAGCACGAGCAACAACUCCACGCGGAGAGCUCCCCUCUGCCUCAGAACAAUGGCACAGCAGCUCAACUACAAGAAAUGGGUCCUGAAGCUCCAUCGCGCCUAGUCGUCCCCCAAUCCCAUGAAAUAGUCAUCCCCUCAUAUGCGCGCUGGUUCCAUCUGCAGAAAAUCCACUCCAUUGAGAAACAGUCUUUGCCGGAGUUCUUCACAAACCGCAUUCCUUCGAAAACACCGCAAGUUUACGUCAAGUACCGUAACUUCAUGGUCAACUCUUACCGCCUGAACCCUAACGAGUAUUUCACGGCAACCGCCGCAAGACGGAAUUUAUGCGGUGACGCUGGCGCCAUCCUUAGACUCCAUAAGUUCCUCACCAAGUGGGGAUUAAUUAAUUACCAAGUUGAUGCCAAGGCCAAACCCAAACAAGUGGAACCACCCUUCACUGGCGAAUACGCGACUAAGCACGAUGCCCCGCGCGGUUUGUUCCCCUUCGAAAGCUACAAGCCUGCUAUUCAGAUUCCGGAUCUAUCACGACUGAAAAAACUCAUGCAUCAGAUCGACCCUCCUGCUUCUUCCACUAAAAGCGCACUCGCGGCUGUUUCUCCAUCACCUGGAGAUUCCAGUGAUAAGAAGAGAUCUUUAGAGGAUGGGGAUGAAACCCCAGUCAAGCCUAAGCUUCAGCGCCCCAACGUGCUUGAAAUGGUAGACAGAGACUGGGAUGAAGAAAGUGUUAAAAAACUGCUGGAAGGAAUCCAAAAAUUCCAGACUGACUGGCUACGCGUAGCACAGUAUGUUGGGAACAAAACCCCAGAACAAUGCAUCUUGAGGUUCCUCCAACUGCCGAUCGAAGACGCUUACCUGCAGUCACAAUCUGGCGAGGAGCUGGGCCCUCUCAAGUACGCCCCUCACCUGCCCUUUUCCAAGGCAGACAAUCCUGUGAUGUCUACAAUAGCAUUUCUUGCGGGUCUUGUUGACCCCAAAACGGUGAAAAAGAUGACUAGCCGAGCUAUAGAUUCUGUGAAGCAGGAAAGAGAAACUUUGAGCGCAGAAGGCGACAACUACGUUAAAGAAGGCAGCGAGAUCGCGCUGGCUUCCAUUGGUUUGAGAUCCCAUGUUUUUGCCACAAAUGAGGAAAGGCAGAUGACUGCACUGGCCCACGACAUGGUUCAAACGCAAAUGAAAAAGAUAAACUUGAAACUAAAAUUACUGGGAACUAUGGAAAAAUCCCUGGAAAUGGAGAAGAAAGCGCUACAGAAGCAGCAGGAGGACGUGUUCAUCCAGCGCCUUUCAUUAGCCAAACAUUCCCAGACGUUAACUGCCAAAAUCCAACAAUGUCUCGAUGAUCAUGAUGACAAAGAAAAGCUUCAAGCUCACCUUAACGCAAUCAAAGAAAUGCAGGCCCAUCCUGCUAGAAUUAGUAUAGGGAAGAGCCAAUCGUCCUCGAAAUCUGCUGUAAAUGGUUCUUCUCAAGAACAAGCCUUCAGUUCUACAAGCGAUCUGAACGAGCCAUUCGUCAAGCCUGUAUCAGUAGAUGCUCCUCAAUCUUAUAGGUAUUGGUCUGGGUAG